AUGCAAGAAAUAUUCCUCGAAAUAUUCAUCGCAAUUUUUAUGAUUGUUGGAGUUUUCGGUAAUUCUAGUUAUAUUUUCGCUAUUUUAUCCGAAAAAACGUUGCGUACCAAAAGAACUCUUCUUGUUUUUUUCUUGGCAAUUUCUCAUUUAUUUUGUAAUAUAAGCGAAUUGAUAGGAUUGGCUUUUAGAUUUCGGUAUGUUUUGGAAACAAUUCUAGACCAGAAAUGAAAUACAAUUUCAUUUUUCAGAUUCACAUCAAUGUCGCGUCGGAAAUGUUUUCAAUACAAUAUUGUUCUCUUAUUUUUCAUGAUUUUUCAAUCUUUUUUGUAUUUUAUGAUGGCUAUCAAUAUGUUUUUCAGUAUUGUCACACCUUUCAAGUAAGUUUCUUCUCAUAUAAAAAAUUAUUCCAACAAAAGUCAGAAUUGUUUUCAGACAUCGAUUAUGGAACAAAUAUCGUUACACUUUUCUGAUGUUACUUUUUCCAACUUCAAUAUCACUGAUAUCAGUUGUUUUAAGUGGAUACAACGUUUCAGAUGAAAUUGCUCCAAAUUGUCAUCAUAUCUUAGCAACUGAUCCUUUUAUAUAUCAAAAUGUGAGCAGUUUUAUAAUAUUCUCGAAUAUUUUGGGACUGGUUAUUAUUCUUGGAACAGUAAAAUUUGCAAUGAAAAAAUGUGAGUUUUCUUUGAUUGGAAAUUCAAUUUCCUUCUGCUUGUUUUCGAUGACCUGAUAUGAAGUUGUCACUUUGAUCCAUGAGAAAUGUUGAAUUUUUCAGCGAAAUCAAUGAAUGGAAGUAGACAUUCUCAAAAUCGACCAGCAACUUCAAAAGAUGUUUAUCGUUCAACAUUUUAUAUGAUAAUGAUAUAUAUUGGAUCUUGGUUAUUGGCAACUUGUUUGUUCAAAAUAUUGAUAAGUUUUGAAGAUACUGCUUUGAGUGAGAAAUUACUUCCAUAUCUUCUUUUGAUUGCGCUCCCAAAUUAUUGCCAAAUUUAUUUUGUUGGAUAUUUGAGAUCUCCGAAGCUUCGACAGAUUUUUCAAAAACAUUUGAAUUUUCUAACAUGUGGUGUCCUUUUUUCUCGGGUUUCUGUUUGAUUUCGGGUUUCGUAGCAGAAAAACUGUGAUACGAAAAUGCGUAGAUCUCGAUCGAAUUUUUUGACUGGUGAUUUUUUACCCUUGUGAUUUUAUUAUGUUUAUGUAUAAAUAAAGUUUGUUUGCCCUUUUUGUUGUUUUCUAAAUUGUGAAAAAAUCAAUCUGAAAUCCUGUUUUUUUCUUUUCAUUCCAUUGUUGUGUACUUGAAAAGAAAAUCUGAUAAGUUUAGUUUCUCGAUUUUUCUCAAUUUAACUCUGAUUAUUAAAGUUAAAUUCGUUGGAAAAUGAGCAACAAAGUUAUUCAAAGUCUCAUUGCAAUUUUUAUGACUGCUGGAGUUUUUGGAAAUUUGAAUGUUAUUUUUGCAAUUGGUCGAAGAAAAGGCCUUCGAACUAAAAGUGGAAUGUUUGUAUUACUAUUAUCGAUUGCACAUUUAUCUUGUAAUAUUCAUGAAUUAAUUGGAUUGAUAUUCAGAUUUGGGUAAGUAUUAUUCCAAGUUUAUUUUUUUUUACAAUAUUCAGUUUUACUCCAAUGUCCAAAAGAACUUGCUUCGAAUAUAACAUUCUUUAUACAUUUGCUUUCUAUUUCCAAUCUUCUCUAUUUCUUACAAUUGCACUCGAUUUUUGUUUCAGUAUUGUUUUUCCUCUCAAGUAAGUGAGUCUGCUGAAUCCUCAUUUAUGAAUACAAUAAUAAAAUAUAUUUGAUUUUCAGCCAUCUUCUUUGGAAAAAGACAAAAUAUGUGUUUUGUAUGGCAAUGUUUCCGACAUCGUUUGCUCUGUUUUGUAUUUUAUUGAGCUUGUACAAAAUGACAGAUGAUGUUGCUCCUUGGUGUAUUUUUACUUUGAGUAAGUGGAAGCGAGUGGAGACCACCCAAUCUCCAAUUUUUUUAGCCGCGGACCCGUUGGUUUACAAAAUAAUUUCAACAAUCAAUGUUACAUUUAAUGUAAUUACUCUUAUUAUUGUCGUUGUUUCAGUUGGAAUCGCAUUGAAAAAAAGUCAGUUACAUAUUUUUUCUAAAUUCCCAAACUGUUUAUCAAAUUUUAGCUCGAAUUAUGCGAGCAAAUCGACAUUCAAUCGCUCAACGAAAUCAUAGUUUCAGAGAGGAAAAACACAAGAUAUUCAGAUCCACAUUUUUUAUGAUUGCUAUAUAUAUAACUUCAUGGAUGUUGGCAACAAUUAUGUUCAAACUUUUGAUAACAUUCACUGAUGAAAAGACUUCUGUCAAUUAUUUAUGUUGGAUUGUAAGUAAAAAGCUUAACAAAAAAUGAACAAAAUCCAACCUUUUCAGGCAGUGAUAGUUCUACCAAAUUAUUGUCAAGUUUAUUUUGUUGCAUAUUUCCGCUCUCCGCGUCUUCGUCACAUUUUCCGCGAACAACUUCAUUAUCUAACUUGUGGUUUACUAUUCCCGAAUGUCACUAAAAUUUCAUCGAAAUCAAUGCAAGCCUCCUAUUCUGGUGGAAAUAACAAUAAUGAUAAUUCUGAAAAUGCUCACAAUCAGAAAAAAUGUUCUGUCGCUCAUAUCGAGAAUAAUUUUUGA